AUGUACUACAUCCACAAUAGAUCUUCAUCCCCAUCAAGUCACAUCGAGUCACAUCGAGUCACCAUCGAGUCACCAUCGAGUCACCAUCGAGUCACCAUCGAGUCACCAUCAAGUCACCAUCGAGUCAUCAUCGAGUCACCAUCAAGUCACCAUCAAGUCACAUCGAGUCACAUCGAGUCACCAUCAAGUCACCAUCAAGUCAUCAUCGAGUCACCAUCGAGUCACCAUCGAGUCACCAUCAAGUCACCAUCGAGUCACCAUCAAGUCACCAUCGAGUCACCAUCGAGUCAGCAUCAAGUCACAUCAAGUCACAUCGAGUCACAUCAAGUCAUCAUCGAGUCACCAUCGAGUCAGCAUCAAGUCACAUCAAGUCAUCAUCGAGUCACAUCGAGUCACAUCGAGUCACAUCGAGUCACAUCGAGUCACAUCGAGUCACCAUCGAGUCAGCAUCAAGUCACAUCAAGUCAUCAUCGAGUCACAUCGAGUCACAUCAAGUCAUCAUCGAGUCACAUCGAGUCACCAUCGAGUCACAUCAAGUCAUCAUCGAGUCACAUCGAGUCACCAUCAAGUCACAUCGAGCCACAUCGAGUCACAUCAAGUCACCAUCGAGUCACAUCAAGUCACAUCGAGUCACCAUCAAGUCACAUCGAGUCACCAUCAAGUCACCAUCAAGUCAUCAUCGAGUCACAUCAAGUCAUCAUCGAGUCACAUCGAGUCACAUCGAGUCACAUCGAGUCACCAUCGAGUCACAUCGAGUCACAUCGAGUCACAUCGAGUCACAUCGAGUCACAUCGAGUCACAUCGAGUCACCAUCGAGUCACAUCAAGUCAUCAUCGAGUCACAUCGAGUCACAUCAAGUCAUCAUCGAGUCACCAUCGAGUCAGCAUCAAGUCACAUCAAGUCAUCAUCGAGUCACAUCGAGUCACAUCAAGUCAUCAUCGAGUCACAUCGAGUCACAUCAAGUCAUCAUCGAGUCACAUCGAGUCACAUCAAGUCAUCAUCGAGUCACAUCGAGUCACCAUCAAGUCACAUCAAGUCAUCAUCGAGUCACAUCGAGUCACAUCAAGUCAUCAUCGAGUCACCAUCGAGUCAGCAUCAAGUCACAUCAAGUCAUCAUCGAGUCACAUCGAGUCACAUCAAGUCAUCAUCGAGUCACAUCGAGUCACAUCGAGUCACAUCGAGUCACAUCAAGUCAUCAUCGAGUCACAUCGAGUCACAUCGAGUCACAUCGAGUCACAUCAAGUCAUCAUCGAGUCACAUCGAGUCACCAUCGAGUCACCAUCAAGUCACAUCGAGUCACAUCAAGUCACCAUCGAGUCACCAUCGAGUCACAUCGAGUCACAUCAAGUCACCAUCGAGUCAUCAUCGAGUCACCAUCGAGUCACCAUCGAGUCACAUCGAGUCACCAUCGACCAUCACACGACAGUCACAGUGAACAUCACCAUCAAGUCACCUUCGCGCCACUAUCGACUAACCAUCGAGUCACCAUCAAGUCACAUCGAGUCACCAUCGAGUCACAUCGAGUCACCAUCAAGUCACAUCGAGUCACCAUCAAGUCACAUCAAAUCACCAUCGAGUCACAUCGAGUCACCAUCAAGUCACCAUCGAGUCAGCAUCAAGUCACAUCAAGUCAUCAUCGAGUCACAUCGAGUCACCAUCAAGUCACAUCGAGUCACAUCAAAUCACCAUCGAGUCACCAUCAAGUCACCAUCGAGUCAGCAUCAAGUCACAUCAAGUCAUCAUCGAGUCACAUCGAAUCACCAUCACCGAAUUAACACACAUACAAAUGGUUCGAGACAGAACGGCGCCUCGUGGUGA